AUGGCGAAAGGUCAAGCCGUAUUGUCGGCAGCCUCCAAGGCUCUCGACCCCACCCUCACAGCGCUUUUUGCCUCCAGUGCGGGGCCGGCUAAACCCCUCCCCAAGACUAGAUAUGCCGAUCUUAUCGAGCCGAGAAAGAGCGCUUCUCGUAAGGACCAGUCAGAAGGGUCAGAUGAGGAUGUCGAACCCGAUGCAGAACUCUCGGAGUUAGACGAAGAGAUUCUCGACGAUGACGAUGAAGAGGAGGAGGAGGACGAGGUCGAAGGCAGCGAAGAAGAGGACGCAUCCGACGUUGAAGAGUCUGUGGCCCAGCUCUCAUCUGUUUCGACCAAGAAGGACAGGAAGCGGAAGCGAGCCGAUGCCGACAACGAAGACCUGGAGAGCCGGUACUUACAGAAGCUACUAGACGACGAGGAUGACAGCACACCUGCCGGGAAGCGCGCUCGGCCAGACGCAGACAAUGCUGAGGCUGAGGAGUCUGACUCUGGAGAGAACCUCGUCCACGAGUCCCUUCAAAACGGGGAGCAUGACGCCGACCUCGACAAGGCAAGCCGGACGGUAUUCUUGUCCAAUGUCAGCAUCGAGGCCAUUUCGUCGCGCAAGGCGAAAAAGACUCUUAUGGCACACCUCUCGUCCAUCUUUGACGAGUCCAACCCCGGCUCUGUCGAGACGCUCCGCUUCCGAUCGCUCCCCUUCUCCACGGCCUCCAUGCCCAAGCGAGCCGCCUUCAUCACCGGCGCCGUCAUGGACGCCACUACGAAAUCUGUCAACGCAUACGCCGUCUACCCCAACCCGGCCGCGGCUCGCCUGGCCGUCUCCAAGCUCAACGGCACCGUCGUCCUGGACCGGCACCUGCGCGCCGACAGCGUCGCCCACCCGGCGCCCACGGCCCACCGCCGGUGCGUCUUUGUCGGCAACCUCGGCUUCGUCGACGACGAGACCGUCAUCACCACCAAGGUCGACGAGGAGGGCAAGGAGAAGACCGAGACCCGCAAGCGCACCAAGACGCCCAUGGACGUCGAGGAAGGCCUGUGGCGCACCUUUGGCCAGCACGCCGGCAAGGUCGAGAACGUGCGCGUCGUGCGCGACCAGGUGACCCGCGUGGGCAAGGGCAUCGCCUAUGUGCAGUUCUACGACGCCAACUCGGUCGAGGCAGCCAUCCUCCUCAACGGCAAGAAGUUCCCGCCCAUGCUCCCGCGCGAGCUGCGCGUCAGCCGCUGCAAGGCGCCGCACAAGACGGCCCGCGCCGUCGAGGAGCGCGCCCGCAAGAACAAGGCCGCCCUCGUCGUCGGCGGCGGCGACACCACCGCCGGCGGCAGGCCCCGCAGCACAAAGUACGCGCCCAAGGCCACGGCCGAGCAGCAGACGCACGCCGGCCGCGCGGGCAAGCUGCUCGGGCGCUCGGCGGCCCAGAAGGCCGGCGGCGGCGGCGGCGCUGGUGGGCACAAGGCCAAGAAGCCGCGCCUUUCUGGCGGCGGUCGGCACGGCGGCGGUAGUGGUGCUGGUGGCCGCGCCGGCGACGGCGGAGACGACAAGCCGCAGUUCAAGUCGCCCGAGACCGUCAUCUUUGAGGGCCAGCGCGCCAAGUCGACGGACGGCAAGCGCCUGGGCCUCAAGCUGGGCGGCGGCGGUGGGAAGAAGGGCAAGCACGGUGGAGUGGGCGGCGGCGGAGGCGGCGGCAAGAAGGCUGGCGAUGGCGGCAGGGCUGAGGACUCGAAUAACCGCAAGAGGCAGGCCAAGAGGACGGCGAGCUGGAGGGAGAAGCAGGGCAGCUGA